UGUGAUGCUACAACCUCCUUAUAAAGGGACUCUCUCUCACGUUGUGGCUUGGAAAUUAGAGCACAUUGCCUAAAAUUGAGGUCUCCACAUACACACUCUCACACACGCCGAGUCACCGAGAGCCGCUGCCAUGAACUGGAUGAACGUGGAGGAGAUGAUCCGCAGGGCCGAGACGCCUCUCUUCUGGGUCGGUGCGUUCACUGUGGCCUCCCUGGCGCUGUGGCUGCUCUACAGGCUCAUCUCAGGCUUUAGGAUCUGGGUCUGGGGAAAUGGGCAGCUGCUCUCUCCGAAGCUGGGCAAAUGGGCAGUUGUGACAGGAGCCACAGAUGGAAUCGGGAAAUCCUAUGCGGAGGAGCUGGCUCGUCGAGGAUUUGCCAUGAUGCUGAUCAGUCGCUCCCAGGACAAGCUGGAUGACGUUGCAAAGUCGCUUGAGGAGCAGUAUAAAGUGGAGACCAGGACUAUUGCCGUUGACUUUGGCAAGACAGACAUCUAUCCCAAGAUCGAGGCAGGGCUGGCUGGUCUGGAGAUCGGUGUUCUCGUUAACAAUGUUGGUGUGUCUUACCCCUACCCUGAGUACUACCUCCACAUUCCUGAUCUGGACAAUUUUAUCACAAAUAUGAUCAAUGUCAACAUGACCUCAGUGUGCCAGAUGACCCGUAUUGUGCUGCCCAGAAUGGCUGACAGGUCUAAAGGCGUUAUCCUCAACAUCUCCUCUGCUAGCGGCAUGUACCCUCUCCCUCUGCUGACGGUCUACUCUGCAACCAAGGCCUUUGUGGAUUUCUUCUCUCGUGGCCUUCAGGAGGAGUACAGGCGCCAGGGUAUCAUCAUCCAGAGCGUGCUGCCUUUCUUUGUGGCCACUAAAAUGACUCGUAUCAGGAAGCCUACCCUGGACAAACCCACCCCAGAGCGCUAUGUGGCAGCUGAGGUCACCACUGUGGGUCUGCAGAGCCAGACAAAUGGCUACUUCCCCCAUGCUGUCAUGGGUUGGGUGACCACCAAACUGGUGCCGACCAACAUCGUUAUCUUCCUGGGAGCCAGAAUGAACCGUCUUCAGCGUACUGGAUACCUACAGAGGAGGAAGCUGCGGGAGCAGAGGAACGGAGCAAGUCUGAAGAGUGACUAGGAAGACAGCUGUUGAAGAUGCAGGCAACCUCUCUGCUUUGUCCCAGUGCAGUGUUUCAGGAAGCUGGAUUGUGUACAUGUGAUUGAUGCUCCAGGGUUGCCUGAGAUUUCACCUUUGUGCCUUCACUAAACAUGCACAUUAGCGCAUGUGUGACUGUAUUUAAAAGUGUGACUUUCUACUGUGUUAUUUGUAUGGAGAGAAAUGGCCUAAGAAGGCCGAAGGUGAAACUAUUAUAAAAUGCUGCUCUUGGCUAAGGACAUUAAUAGUUUUUUUUUUUGUUUUUUUUUUGUCAGCAACACUGAUGGUGGAAAUAAUACAGCCAAAAAAGUGACCUGCUGUUAUAAGCAGUGGAAAAUGGUGGUGGGAUCUUUUUUUAAUAUAUAAAUAGAUAAAUAUGUAUAAUUAUUUAUUUUAUAUUUGUAUGAACAGACGAGCCAAACACAGACCUUAAACAUUAGUUUCUAACCUGGUCCUGUUUAAAUCAAAGAGGAUGUUUAAAAAUGGCAAUAUCUGCUUUCUAUCAUGAAAGUUUACUUGGAUCACUCAACUCAUCAUGCAUUGGGUCUUUCUUCCUCUUUUUUCAUUUAUUGUGUGUGUCCAGUAUGACAUUUUGUGGUGGGUUGUUGUUGCACCAGUGUGUCACUUGUUCUAAGCCAAACUUUGUCGUGGUUUUAAAAUGCCUUACUCCUUGCAUUAUUGCUGGAAGUGAUCGGAUGAACUGAAAGGGUACUUUGUGGUUUUACUUAUUAUGAAAAGAUCUUAUCAUCUGGUGCUAUGUCCCUAUGAGCUACUCAGUCGCUCUAUUUUCUGUCUCUUGUCACUAUGUCAACCUUUCAGUUGUUUUUCUGAUGUGUUUUGUGAAUAUUUCACAGGAAUACAGAAUAAUCUCGAGUCAUUAAGGUGCAGAUAUUCUUCAAGUCAAAGUUAAAACACAAAUACUGGAUGGUUUUACAAACUACCAGUGGUUCCACAUUUACAGGUAGACUGGUUCACACAACCAAAUAUUUGCUGUAAACGGCUGAACUGCUCCUCUUUUCUAGUUAGUUCCCAAAAAAUGCCUCAUAUGAUGUAGUCCGAUCUGUGCCUCAACUAAGUAUUUUUUCAAUGUUUUCCUUUCUAGAAUCUUUUAUAUGCUUGGAAAUUAAAAAUUGACUUUCUACGUAUAAAGUGUACUGUUUAAAUUUAUACCACUGAUGGAAACUUAUGUUUUCUACUGUUUGUUAAUAAAAGUUUUGACAGAUAA